CUGCUUCAGUCCCAGUUUCUUCAUCCCCCACCUCUCUUCAUUCUCCUAUUUCGCUCAAAAUCAAAACCAAACAGAACCACCAAAAACCUCAAAUCUCAGCCGUCGAUCCCUCUCGCAUUCUCCGAUUACCCGCCGGAAUCACUCAACUGAGCAAUGAUACUAUCCUUUAUCCUGUUAUUCAUUCACUUCACCUUUGAACCCCUUCUCGGAUAAUGGAACUCGCCGAUUCCAGCGACGAACACCCACAACUCAACAACCUUCCCAACCCCACUGAUUCCACCACCCGUUCCGGCACUGGCAUAGGCAUCGAUCUCAACGAGAUCCCUUCUCCUUCUUCUUUCUCCGAGACUAUAUCUGAUACAUUCGACGUUGUCCGCUCCUUCCAUGACAACCCUCCGCCCUCCGAUGGAGACGCAGCCCAUGUACCACGCGGGGUUCGGGGCUCCGUGUGUGGUUUGUGUGGUCUGCUGGAAGUGCGCGGCCAUGUGGUGGUGUGUGACGGAUGCGAGCGGGGGUUUCACCUGGCCUGCACCGGAAUGCGGAGUGCUCAUGCGUUGAAUUUCGAGGAUUGGGUCUGUGGGGACUGUUUCAGCAGCGGCGUGAAAAGUAAGCGGUGGCCGCUUGGGGUUAAGUCGAAGCAGCUGUUGGAUAUUAACGCUUCGCCUCCUAGUGAUGGUGAUGUGUAUGCCGAGGAUGGUGAUGAAUUGCCGGGUUUCAGAAAACACACUGCAGUAGAUAAUUCUUUUCGUGGUACUCCCUUUAGCUCAUCUCCGAAAUAUAGAACACUGUUACAUUCAGGGAAUGGAUAUGGCCUUCAAAGAGCGUCGGAUAUUGUGAAAAACAAAGUGAAGAUGGGUUUAGAAGACAUAUUGCAGCAGACACAGGUUGUGGGAAGAAGCUUGGAUGUAGAUUUGGGCUGUCCUAUAGGGAGUUGUAAAAGUAGUAGGGGCACAUCAGUUAAAUUGUCAUCUCAAAAUACUAGUGAAGUCUUUUUGCAGGCGCUUAGAGAGUUUAUUUCUGAGAGGCAUGGUGUGUUGGAGGAAGGAUGGUGUGUAGAGAUUAAACAAUCAGUUGACAGCGAACUUUAUGCUAUUUACCAUGCACCUGACGGAAAGACUUUUGGUUCAGUCUAUGAAGUUGCUUGUCAUCUUGGGUUGAUGUCUUCUAUGCAACCCAAAGCAAGAAGACAAGGGUCAUCACAUUUUUCUGGAAAGUCUUAUAUACCAAAAAGAAGGAAGCCAACCAAGUCUCUGGUUGCCAAUGGUUUUACUGAUAACAAUGGGAGUUUGAUUAAUGAUCGAUGUAAGGGACUCUUGUGUGACCGUCAAAGCCCAUCUGUUGUUACAGUUGUAAAUCUUGAAAAUUCUGAGGAAGCUGUGGCAGAAGAGAAUGGAGGUUCCAUUUCAUCAAAAUGUUAUGAAGGAUUUCCACUUCAGUUUGAAGACUUCUUUGUUCUUUCCUUGGGAGAAAUUGAUGCACGACCUGCAUAUCAUGAUGUUACCCGGGUUUGUCCAAUAGGUUAUAGAUCUUGUUGGCAUGACAAGGUUACUGGUUCUCUUUUCAUAAGUGAAGUGCUAGAUGGCGGUGAUUCUGGACCCCUCUUUAGGGUUAGGAGGUGUCCAUGCUCUGCUUUUCCAAUUCCAGUAGGGUCAACUGUCCUCUCUAGGGGAAAAAGUGAGAUUUUUUCUGUUGAACAAGACAAAGAAUAUGGUUUGAUUAAUAGUGGUGGUGAUGAGAACUUACAGAUGAUUCUCUCAGACCUUUGUCCACCAAAUGAAAAUGAUAUUUUGUCUUGUCUUGGUACUUGUUCUGAUCGACCUUUUAAUGUAAGAAUGCGAAAUGAAUUGCAUCAUGAAGCAAGUUCCAUUGCAGAGUCUGAAAACCUCUCAGAUUAUCUGUAUGUGAGGGAUGAAAUUGGUGAGAUUUCAGUUGAAGAUACUUCAUCAUCAACAGCAUGGAAAAGGAUGUCACAUGAUUUGAUCAAAGCAUGUUCUAAAUUAUGCAAUCAGAAAAGCACUUUUAGAUUCUACUGUAAUCAUUUUGGUAACGAACAGGGUUUUCUAGGCCAGUGUAGAAUUGGAGACAAUAGUGAACUGAACUCUAGAUUAGCAAAAUUUUGUGGCUUUCCAAAUUCUGCCUUCAUCCGAUCUGAGGUUGAAGUCGAAAACAAGCGACGCAGUUUGCCUGAUGAACUUGAAAAGUGGCUGGAGCAGGAUAGAUUUGGGUUAGACGUUGAAUUUGUGCAAGAAAUACUUGAAAAAGUUCCACGGAUUCAAUCCUGUUCAAGAUAUCGGUUUGUAAAUAAGAGAAUACACAGUGCAACUUUGCCAACAGUUGAAAAUGGAGUCUUAGAGGUUCAGAAAUUUGAUGGAGAAGAAUGUAAAGAAGAUGAGCCACUGUAUUUUUUAUUUAAAAGAUUGAAAAAAUCCAAGUUUGCUGGUGAUGGCGAUGCCAAUGACAAGAAUCCCCCUCCUGGGAAGCUUUUGUGCUUGCAUAUUCCUCCUGAGCUUGCUGUUGAUGCUUACCAGGUUUGGGAUUUCUUAUCUCGUUUUCAUGAAAACUUGGGUCUUAAAGAGGCCUUAUCUCUUGAGGAACUUGAGGAAGAUCUUCUCAACCUGCCGGGUGGUGGGGCUAAUACUCUCCAAAAGUCUGAAAGUGAAUUUAAGAAAGACCAGCUGUUAAAUUCUCUUAACACCGAGUUCUCAAAUGACCGAGUAUCUUCAAAAUUUAAUGCUAAUGGAGAUCCACAUGCAUUUAUACAAAUGGAAACAAGGGUGAUGAAGGAAGGUAAUCUAGCUUCCUCAACAAACAGCAGAUGCAUGGGUGCAGCUUUUACAAAAGCUCACACUUCUCUGUUAAGAGUGCUAAUCACUGAGCUUCAGUCCAAGGUAGCUGCUCUUGUGGAUCCAAAUUUUGAUUCUGGAGAGUCAAAACCAAAGCGAGGAAGGAAAAAGGAUGCAGAUAGUGCAACUUCUAUUAGGAAAAUGAAGCUGAAUUUGCUCCCUCUCAAUGAACUAACAUGGCCAGAAUUAGCUCACAGGUACAUCUUGGCUGUCUUAUCCAUGGAUGGAAAUCUUGAGUCAGCCGAAGUAACUGCUCGAGAAAGUGGAAGAGUCUUUCGAUGCCUUCAAGGUGAUGGUGGUGUGCUUUGUGGCUCUCUCACUGGAGUGGCUGGGAUGGAGGCAGAUGCAUUUCUGCUUGCAGAGGCUACAAAGCAAAUCUUUGGAUCAUUGAAUAGAGAAAAGCAUGUUAUUACAAUAGAAGAAGAAGUCUCUGACCCAACUGGUGGUUGGGAGAGGGUGCUGGUUACUGAUGGUAAUAUGCCAGAGUGGGCACGAGUGCUAGAACCUGUUAGAAAGUUGCCUACAAAUGUAGGAACUAGAAUUAGAAAGUGUGUUUAUGAAGCUUUGGAGAGGAAUCCACCGGAUUGGGCAAAAAGGAUAUUGGAACGUUCAAUUAGCAAGGAAGUUUACAAGGGCAACGCAUCAGGACCUACAAAGAAAGCUGUUCUUUCAUUACUAGCCGACAUAUGUGGUGCUGGCUUGCCUCAGAGAGUUGAAAAACGAAGAAAGAGGAAAACUACUAUUUCUAUAUCAGAUAUUGUCAUGAAGCAAUGCCGCAUUGUAUUACGUCGCGCUGCUGCUGCAGAUGAUGCAAAAGUCUUCUGUAACUUGCUUGGCAGGAAAUUGAUUGCUUCAAGUGAUAAUGAUGAUGAAGGACUUCUUGGUUCACCAGCCAUGGUUUCUCGGCCAUUGGACUUCCGGACUAUUGAUUUGAGAUUAGCUGCUGGGUCUUAUGCUGGAUCACUUGAAGCAUUUCUCGAGGAUGUUCAGGAGCUCUGGAAUAACUUACGCUAUGCUUAUGGUGAUCAGCCUGAUUUGGUUGAAUUAGUUGAGACAUUAUCCAGGAAUUUCGAGAGACUGUAUGAAAAUGAGGUUGUAUCUCUUAUUGGAAGACUUCAGGAGUUCUCCAAGCUAGAAUCUGUGAAUGCAGAGACGAAAGUGGAAGUAGAUAGCUUUGUCAUGUCCUCAAAUGAGAUUCCGAAAGCCCCUUGGGAUGAAGGAGUCUGUAAAGUGUGUGGCAUUGAUAAAGAUGAUGACAGUGUCCUUCUCUGUGAUACAUGUGAUGCUGAAUAUCAUACAUAUUGUUUGAAUCCUCCUCUUGCCAGGAUUCCUGAAGGGAACUGGUACUGUCCCUCUUGUGUAAUGGGAACACAUACGGUUGAAAAUCCAUCUAACCAUACUAGGAGCCACAUUACUAACCUGCACAAAGGCAAGAAAUUCCGAGGAGAAGUUACUCGUGAUUUUCUGGAUAAACUUGCCAAUCUAGGAGCUGCAUUGGAAGAGAAGGAGUAUUGGGAGUUCAGUGUGGACGAGAGAUUAUUCUUGCUCAAAUAUCUAUGUGAUGAGUUGCUUAGCUCUGCCUUAAUUCGACAACAUCUUGAGCAGUGUGUGGAGGCAUCGGCAGAGUUGCAGCAGAAGUUACGUUCGUGUUUCAUGGAGUGGAAAACCGUCAAGUUUAGGGAAGAAGUUGUGGCUGCAAGAGCUGCAAAGCUUGAUACAACUAUGGUUAGUGCAGUUCGAGAAGGACAGGGUCAUUAUGAUGGAGCUAGGCUUGGUGCUUCUGAUCACUUCUCAUUGUUAACGACCUUAGCGAACAAGUGUCACAAUCAUACAAGUUUUCAAGAGCAAACGAGCAAUGCCAAUGAUGUUAUCGAUAACAAUGAUGCUGGUGGCAAUGCUCUAUCCAAUUCAGGUUCUCAAAACAGUGGCAAACCUGUAAAAUUCAAUGAGCCACCUUUGUCCAGUUCUUUGCCACAAAAAGUUGAUGGUUCUGAACAAAGUAAUAUAGAGACUGAAAUUUCUAUUCUACCAUCCACAAAGCAUCAUUGGACACUUUGUGAUGCUAACGGAGUGUCUGUAGCUCCUCAUCUUCCUCAUUUGAAUGAAUCACAAGCCUAUCACAAUGAGUUGGAUAAUAUUAAGAAGGACAUAUUGCAGCUGCAGGAUUCUAUAGCAAGUAUAGAGUUGGAGCUUCUGAAGGUAUCUGUCCGGAGGGAGUUUUUGGGUAGUGACUCUGCUGGUCGGUUGUAUUGGGCUAGUGUUAUGUCAAAUGGUCAGCCGCAAAUCAUCACUAGUGGGAGUUUGGUACAGAUUGGAAGUGAAUCUAGAGACCGGGUUGGUAAGGGUCGUGUGUUUAAGAAUUAUACUUCAACAAGCGAUGGUAAUUGUUCAAGUUUAGAUGGGUCAAACAUGUAUUCCUCACUACUUCAUCUGCCAAGGGAUUCUAUUGGAAAUUUUCCAUGGGUUUCUUAUCAAACAGAGGCAGACAUAUUGAAACUCAUUGAUUGGCUGAAGGAUAAUGACCCCAAAGAAAGGGAGUUAAAGGAGUCUAUUUUGCAAUGGUAUAAACCUAGAUUUCAGAUGUCUUCACGAUCUUAUAAUCAAAGUCCCGAGGAGCAGUUAAAGGACUCAUCAUCAAGCUCGGAUGUUGAAAAACCUGAAUGUUCUGGUUUUAUUUUUACCAGGGCAUCUGCUGCAUUAGAAAGUAAGUAUGGUCCUUUCCUUGAAUUUGAAAUGCCUGAUGACUUUAAUAGAUGGCUAGACAAGACCAGGUUAGCUGAAGAUGAGAAAAUGUUUAGGUGUGUAUGCUUGGAACCUGUCUGGCCAUCUAGGUUCCAUUGUCUCUCUUGCCAUAAGAGUUUUUUAACUGUUGCUGAACUUGAGGAGCAUGAUAAUGGAAAGUGUAGUUUACACCCUGCCCAAUGUGAUUGUGUCAAGGAAGUUGGAGGCCCUUCAAAAAGUAAAUGCAAUAUCAAAUUUGAGAGCAAGCAAGAGGAGAGAUCAAGCAUGACCACAUCAGAAACUUCUAAAGGAGGAUAUUUUAACCAUAGUAUGGGGUUAAGUAAAUUUCAGAAUGACGGCAUGGUGUGCCCAUUUGACUUCAAUCUGAUCUCUUCUAAGUUUUUGACGAAGGAUUCAAACAAGGAUGUCAUUAAGGAGAUUGGACUUAUUAGUUCUAAUGGGGUCCCAUCAUUUGUAUCAUCUAUAUCACCAUACAUUAGGGAAUCAACAUUGAGCGUAAUUGAUCUCAAUCAAGAUUCUGGUACUCGGGAGGAUGGAACCUUGUCUUCUGAAAGGCAGGCUUCACUAGGAAAUAUUGUUCUGGAAAAUGCUUGCCAUCAAAAUUCGUCUAUAGAUAAUUCAAUCCAAAGACCUGCUGGAAAUGAAAUUAGUGCACUGAAAGCAAAAAGGCCGGCAUCAGGAUUCCCAGAACCAAAAAGUAAAAAAAUCAGUAUGAAUAGCCGUUUGUCAGAGUUUGGGAUUGGUAGAGGCUUUGUCAUCCCACAAUCUUCACAGAGGCCAUUAGUUGGCAGAAUCUUGCAUGUUGUUAGAGGACUGAAAAAGAAUUUGCUUGACAUGGAUGCUGCACUUCCUGAUGAAGCUCUAAGACCAUCAAAACUACGUAUUGAACGGAGAUGGGCCUGGCGUGCAUUUGUAAAAUCUGCAGGAACAAUUUUUGAGAUGGUCCAGGCAACAAUUGCAUUAGAGGACAUGAUAAGAACGGAAUACUUGAAGAAUGAAUGGUGGUACUGGUCAUCUCUCUCUGCUGCUGCCAAAAUUUCUACCGUAUCUUCUCUUGCACUCCGCAUAUUCUCUCUUGAUGCUGCUAUUAUAUACGAGAAGAUAUCGCCCAACCAAGAUCCAAAUGACUAUUUGGACCCGAGCAGUAUACCAGAUCAGAAGCUAGCUGGUGUGGAUUUAACAGAAAAGCCCAGGAUAAGCAGCAGGAAAUCUGGCAAGAAAAGAAAGGAACCAGAGGUUUAACCUGAGAGUCUCAUCAUAUAACUCCCGACAAACUAUAGCCACAGGGUUUAUUCCAGUGGUUAUGGUUGUUGUUGAGUUCUUGUGUUUGAAGACAAAGACCUUCAAUUCAUUUUAUGGUUUAUACCUUUUGCCAUUGCUCCUUGACAAAUUUGGAGUUAUUUGCGAUUUAACUGCUGCAGCCAUUGCGCCCCUGCUGCCGACAGAUCCGUCUGUACAUAGAGGUAACCUUGCUAACUGGGAUAAGCGGUUCAGAAUCUAUGUCUGAGCGCUUUGUUCAUAAAGACUGCUUGAGGCUCCAACUCUAAAUCGAUAAUAUGGUCCCUUAGCCCAAUUUUGGACAGAACUUCUGGAGCUUUCUUUGUUUGUUUUUUGUUUUUCAUUUUAUGCUUGGAGCAGGUAGGGUCCCAAUGAUAUCUAUUAUCAAGCGAGACUCGUUUAGAAGGAUGUCGUCAUUAAACAGCAAGUUCCAUACACACAGAAGCAUUAUGUAUAAAUAGAAAAGGGAGAAGGGAAGUCUAGAAAAAGAAUUGAAACUCUGUUGUAAACACAGUUAAUUCUUUACAUUUCUUUCCCCCCUUCUCCCCACCCACAGUUUUUUUUUUUUUUUUCUUCUGUCAUUUAUGUUCUUCCCAACUGGGUAUUUGUAGAUGCCUGCCCAUCAUUCACUGGAGGGCAGGAAAACUCGUUUUGGUUUCUAUUUCGUCUCGUGAAUAACCUGCCUGUUAUCUUUUGCUCCAAAUGAAUUUUACCCUGCAUGUUUCUC